GGUUGCAUUCCUAUUCCGAUAGCAUACAUCAGCUUUGGGUACGUCGCGUGUUCAGUUGUUGGGCCUCCGAAAUACAUAACAAAUAUAGCGUGCGACAGCGUCUAUCACGACCCGUAGCCACGGAACGAUUGUUUGAAUAUUAAUCUAAGCGAAACGACAAUAUUCAGAAAUCUCCCGCUUAACGAUGGCCAGUACGGAACAGGGCGGAACUGAUCAAACAGACCGAGGACUACGGAAGGAUUACUUCAACAGCAGUGGCGCGGGGAAAUUCAUACCUCCAGUUUUUAAGUUGUUGGAAUUGGCCGUGGCCAUCAUCUGCAUUGGACUGAUCGACGAUCCAGCUAAUAAUUCUCGAUUUCGUGUAUUUAUGUCAGCACGCACAACUGCUCUUGCCUAUUCUACCUUCGUGUCAUUUCUGAUAUUCUCAGUGGUUUACCUGUUCGGAAAAGUGCUUCGAGAGAAUGUUCCAUGGAAGCUGCAGUCUCUACUGAACUUAACAGCAUUUAUCAUGUACCUUGCUACAGCCGCCUGCAUUUUGAGUGAUUGGUCGGAAACGAAAAAUAGAAACUAUUGGCCACCAAACACACAACGAAUGGAUUUUCAGUGUGGUGCUGGAGCGGUGGCAAUUGUCGGAGCGUUACUGUAUCUCGUUGAUCUGGUUGUUACCGUGCGACUUGGUAUUAAGGGCGACAUCGAAUAAUACUGCGGCACGCUGCUGCAGGCUACUCGGUUGUAAAUAUUUUUUCAAAAGCAUGAUGCACAAUAAGAUCCCUGUACCAGAUGUCCUUUGAAGCAUUCCGUCCAUUUUUUAAGAUUUUACAAAUUUUUCAACGCAAGGAACUUUACAUCUAUGGACCAAAAAGUAGCAUUAAGGACAAAUUAUUAUUAUGUUGUUUUCCAGAAUGUUUUCUUUUAAAUUAUUGUUGUUGCAAUUACUAACCCUAAAGCACAGGAAGCAAUAUACAUCGAACAUCUACAUCGUAAGAACGCAGAAUCUCCAAAAGUGCAUAUUUGAAAAAUCGAAGCCAUAUUAUUGACUUAGCAUUAAAAGUAAUGUACAAAAUGCACGGUUGAAUAUGACCAUUGAAAGCGUCGUCGUAAAUAA